AUGGAGGCGUCUCCAUGGGCUCUGUCAGGAUCGCUGAUGCCCCCAGGAUCCCUUUCCGAGACGGCGGAGCCCACAAAGACCCUCCCGGGGGUGUCGGUGCCACCAGGGACCAUCCCAAAGGUGUCGGGAAAUUCAGGCACCCUCCCAGGGGCGACAACGCCCCCAGGGAGCCUCUCAGCUGCGGUGGCUCCUCCAGGGACCUUUCAAGAGACCAUUCCAGGGGCGGAAGCGUACCCAGGGCAAUCCCAGGGAGACGGAUCCCCUAGGGACACUUCCAUAGGUAUCCACGAGCAGAGAGAUGCUCCCAGGGACAGCGGCGCCCUCAAAGAUUCUCGUAGGGGCGGUGGCGCCUCCAGGGACCCUCCCAAGGGCGGUGGCACCCCCAGGGACCCACCCAGGGGCCGCGGCGCCCCCUGGACCAUUAAAGGGGUCCCACCCAGAGACCCUCCUAGGGGGCCCAACGCCUCCAGGGACUCUUCGAGGGCUGACGGGACCCCCAAGGACCCUCGCAGAGGCCCUGACACUUUGUGGGACCCUCCCAGCGGUGGUUUCGCCCCCAGCGACACUUCCAUGGAUGGCGGGCCCCCUGAGAACCCUCCCAAGGGUGGCAGCACCCCCAGGUACUCUCACAAGAGUAGUGGCGGUCGCAGGAGCCUUCCCAGUGGCAGUGGCGUCCCCAGGAACCCUCUCAGAGGGGUCAGGGCACCCAGGGACCCUCCCAGAGGCAGCGGUGCCCACAGGGAUCCUCCCAGGGGCGGCGACGCCUCCAGGGACCCUCCCAAGGGCGACGGAACUCCCAGAGACUCUCUCAGACUCAAAAACUACUGCACCCAGUGGCCCUACAGGUCUGGCGCUCCCAGGGGCCCACCUAGGGUCGGCGACACCUACAAAUGCGGCAGUGUUCCCAGGGACCCUCCCAGGGGAGCCGACGCCUCCAAGGACCCUUCCAGGGGUGGUGGGAUCUCCAGGGACCAAAGCAGGGGCGUUGACGCCUCCUGGGACCCUCCCAGGAACCUCCCAAGGGUGUCGGGAAAUCCAGGCACCCUCACAGGGACGACAACGCCCCCAGGGAGCCUACCACAUGCGGAGGCUCCUUCAGGGACCCUUCAAGGGAUCAUUCCAGGGGCGGAGGCGUACCCAGGGCCCUCCCUGGUCGAUGGAUCCCCUAGGGGCCUUUCUAGAGGUAGCCGCGCGCCAAAGGGUGAUCCCAGGGACAGCGGUGCCCUCAAAGACUCUCGUAGGGGCGGCGGCGCCCUCAAAGACUCUCGUAGCGGUCGCGGCGCCUCCAGGGACCGUUCCAAGGGCGGCGCACCAUCAGGGACCAACCCAGGGGCCGCGGCGCCCCCUGGACCAUCAAAGGGGUUGCGCCCUCCCUUCAGAGACCCUACCAAGGGGACUCAUCGAGGGGUGACAGGACCCCCAGGGACCCUCGCAGAGGCCCUGACACUUUGUGGGACCCUCCCAGAGGUGGUUUUUACCCCCAGCGACCCUUCCAUGGUUGGCGGGCCCCCUGAGAACCCCCUCAAUGGUGGCACCACCCCCAGGGACCCUCGCAAGAGUAAUGGCGGUCGCAGGAGCCCUCCCAGUGGCAGUGGCGUCCCCAGGAACCCUCCCAGAGGCGUCAGGGCACCCAGGGACCCUCCCAGAGGCAGCGGUGACCACAGGGAUCCUCCCAGGGGCGGCGACGCCUCCAGGGACCCUCCCAAGGGCGACGGAACUCUCAGAGACUCUCUCAGAGUACGUGGUGCCCCCAGGGAUUGUCUCAGGGGUUAUUUUUCCUCAAGGGAUCCUCCCAGGGACCCUCCAAAGGACCCUCCCACGAGUGGAGGCGCCCCUCGGGACCCUCCCUGGAGCAGCAGAGCCCUCAGGGACCCUAGAGGUAGCAGCAUCCUAAGGGUCACUCCCAGAGACAGCGGCGCCCCCAAAGACUCUCGCUGGGGCGGCGGCGCCCCCAGGGACCCUCCCAAGGGCGGUGGCACCGCUAGGGACCUACCCAGGGGAUGCGACGUCCCCGCAAAAACUACUGCACCCAGGGCCCUCCUAGGGUCAGUGGCAUUCCGAAAUUUGCCUUUGCCCCAAGGGACCCUUUCUGGGGAGCUGACGUCUCCAGGGACCCUUGAAGGGGUGGCGGGGUCCCAGGGAAGCUUCAAGGAAGUGGCGGGGCACCCAGGGACCCUCCUAGGGGCGCUGACGCCUUUUGGGACCUUCCCAGAAUUGGCGGCGCUCCCAGGGAAUCUGUCAGGGUCGCCGGCAUCCCCAACGAAACCUCCCGAGGGUGGUGUUGCCCAUAGGAGCUCUCCUAUGGGCGGCAGCGCCCCAAGGACCUUCACAGAGCCUGUGGCGGCGAGAGAGCCCUCCCAAGGGCAGCGGUGCCCGCAGGCGCUCUGUCAGGGCGGUAGCGUCACCACGGACCCUCCCAGGGGCGUCGGUGAACCAAGGGACCCUCCCAGGAACGGUGGAGCCCCCAGGGACCCUCCUAGGGGUAGCAGCACCCCAAGGUAUAUUCCUACGGACAGUGGCACCGUCGAAGACUCACGCAGGGGUGGCGGUGCCCCCAAGGACCCUCCCAAAGGUGGCGGCACCACCAUGGACUUACUCAGGGGCGGCGGCUCCCCCUGGACCAUCCCAGGGACUACACACCCCCUUCAGGGACCACACCAAGCAUCGUAUGGCGCUCCCAGGGACCCUCCUAGGGUCGGCGUCACCCACAAAGGCGGCAGUGUUCCCAGGGACCCUCCCAGGGGAGCCGACGCAUCCAAGGACCCUUCCAGGGGUGGUGGGAUCUCAAGGGACCAUAGUAGGGGCGCUGACGCCUCCUGGGACCCUCUUAGCGAUGGAGGCUUCUCCAGGGGCUCUGUCAGGAUCGCUGAAGCCCCUAGGAUCUUUUUCCGAGAUGCCAGAGCCCCCAAAGACCCUCCCAGGGGUGGCGGUGCCACCAGGGACCCUCCCAAGGGUGUCGGGAAAUCCAGGCACCCUCCAAGUUGCGACAACGCCCCCAGGGAGCCUCUCAGCUGCGGAGGCUCCUUCAAGGACCCUUCAAGGGAUCAUUCCAGGGACGGAGGCGUACCCAGGGGCUUCCCAGGGCGACGGAUCCUUUAG